CAGGACACAGUGGUAGGUGGAACCGACACAACAUCAACCAUAAUCCAAUGGGUCAUGGCAGAGCUUCUAAACCACAAGGAGAAACUGCAUAAAGUGCAGAAAGAACUGUCGGAUCUCAUAGGCCUAAGCACCGUCGUCGAAGAAUCCCAUCUACCGAAACUGCGCUACUUGGACGCCGUAGUAAAAGAAACCCUGCGCUUACAUCCCGCGGUGCCCCUUCUCCUCCCGCGACGCCCCAGUCAAUCCUGCGUCGUCGGCGGGUACACAAUCCCCAAACACGCCACUGUUUUUCUCAACGUGUGGUCCAUUCAGAGAGACCCUAGUCUCUGGGACAAUCCCCUGGAAUUCAACCCGGAGAGGUUUCUAAACGGGACUGAUCAAGAAUGGGAUUUUCAUGGUAACAAUUUUCAGUAUGCGCCGUUUGGAUCGGGCAGGAGGGUAUGUGCUGGUGUGGCUCUGGCCGAGAGGACGCUGAUGUAUAUAUUAGCUUCACUUCUGCAUUCAUUUGAGUGGCGAUUGCCGGACGGCGAAGAUGUGGAUAUGGCGGAGAAACUCGGACUUGUGUUGAGGAAAAGCCAACCGUUGAUUGCCAUUCCCACGCCCAGGCUGUGUGGGGAGGGUCUGUAUGUUUAGUUCGGUACCGUUGAUUUAUGUGAUGUAUUCUGCUUAAUUCAGUCGGGAAUAUGUGUACACUGAUGGAAUAAAUUAAAUAAGGAAAAAUAGCAACUCCAUUGUGAUAUUGCAAAUAAGCAAAUUACCUCUUUAUGACAAAA